ACCCACCUUAUCUGAUGUACGACGAAGACGGGAGCACGGCGGACCAGAAGAUCGAGGAGGACGGGAGAGGCGUGAUCGAGGCGGGAGGGAUCGGCGGCGAGCGAGUGAUCGCCGCGUCCGGUGGUAUAGGCGUCGGCGUCGGGAUAGGGAUCGGUGGAUCCGGGACCGCUCCCGGGGGGGGCACGGGAUUGGCCAGUUACUGGCAACACGCGACCACCGCCACCGGUUACUGGCCCUCGUUGCUCGACUGUUGGACCACCCCGUCCAUCGCUUCCGGCUCUCAAACCCUCUCCCUGCCGCGAGACGAGAACUGAGAACACCGGCCGUUGCCAAGAUGCCAGCGAGAUGUCCUCGCGAGUAAUUCUCUUUUACCUGGAUAUUUUCUCUUCGAGGCCUUCUUCGAGGCUCGUUAAGUAUUAUUCUUUUUCCCUUCUUUGUCACGUAUAUACGUAUCCAUGUGUAUCGCAUAUAUGUAUAUGUAUAUAUAUAUAUAUUUGUUCGUUCUUCUUUUGUCUCGUUUAACGUUUCUAUUUCGUUUUUUCUUUUUUUUUUUUUCGUUUUUUAAUCUUGUGAGAUGAUUUUGCGAGGAUUCACGGCAUUCGUAACGUGACUUUACGCGCGUACGUUGUUCUUCGCUGAUCGAUCUUCACAGAUCGAACGUUUAAUGGUUAUUUAAUGGCAGGAUUUAACUGUAUUCUUCCCAGUGCAAAACAGGUGAAUGGGAUAAGAGAUGUACAUACGAUUGUAAAUGCACGAACGAUCGAAUCGAAUAUAUGGGUAUAUAUAUAUAUAUAUUAUAUAUAUAAAAUAUUUAAUGUUUCGAGGUGCAUGUUUCAUCAUGUAAAAUGAACGGAAUCGCAGAGAACAAUCUCGUAGAUUGUCACGUUUCCUAAGAAAUUGGUUGAGAAUCAAGGAAUUCUUUUAUUUUUCUCUCUUUUUCUUUCUCGCAUUUUUGUUGAAAAUGCGACGUAUUUGACAAAUACUCGAGCCAAAGUGCAAUAUUUCCGAUUUUGAUUAUCGUUUUUCUCGAUAAAAGAAAAAGUCACUAUGAAAAGUAAUGAUGAUUUGUCGGAGCAACGAGCUUUGUAUUGUCGUUAAAAAGUUUAUCUUUACGAUUAGUUCCUCGUUGAGGAACCACGGAAUAUGUAUCGUGCGUUUCGAAACAGAAUUCAAACGAAGGCAACGUCGAAUUUCGUUGCGUACGAAAGUCUUUCAGAGACUCGAAAAAACGAAAAAAACAAAAAAAAAAAAAAAAGGAUAAAUUUAAUCGCAAAUUAGAGAAAUAACGAGAAGGGAAAGAUAAUGAGAUGACUAAUAAAGGGAAAAAAAAAAAAAAAAAGAUCCAGCGCGGAUCGAGAUGUACUCACUAUCCUGUAGAUAUAUGUAUAGUAGACGCUGAUUUUACGCGGUUCGUAAAUAUCUUUUAGAAUUGUUAUAUUGUAAUGAUGAUAAUAAUAACAUUACCCAACAGAAUACCAAAAAAAUAAAUAAAUAAAUAAUAAUAACGAAAGAAAAAUAUAAACCAUACAGGCUGUAUGUAAAUGAAAAUGGCCACUGUUGCUGCGUAACUCGCAGAUACGGUGGUACUUUGUACAGUGUACGAGGAAAGAAAUCACUUUAUCGACUAUGCGUACGUUAUAAAUACUAUUAAUAAUUAUAUUGAAUAAUUAUAAAGAAACAAAAAAAAAAAAAAAAAAACUGUAUUCGAUAUCCUUGCAGGGCACGUGUAAUUGAACUUUUGGAGUCCAUCGAUUCAUCAUCCUCUUCGCAUUUCGUUUAUUACUUCAUUAAGUUCGAUCACGUCUACAAUUGCGCAUGACGGAAUUGCGUGUCGUUAUUUUUCAUCGACUACUGCAUAAUAUAAAAAUUGUUAAAUUAUACGAAAUUGUUCGACGAAAAUGGAAUUUGGACAGGGUGUCGUGUUUUUUAAAACAAAAAAUAAAACGAAAAAAAAACCAAAAAAAAAAAAAAAAAAAAAAAAAAAAAAAAAAAAAAAAAAAAAAAAAAAAAAAAAGAAAAACAAAAAUGUAAAUCAUACAGUUGUAGAAUUGAAAAUGGCAUAUCACCAGUUAAUAGAUGUAAAAUUUAAUGGAAAUGGGGAGGGGGAGGGGAAGGAAGAAGGGGAGGAAGGGGAGACGAAGUGAAUCGAUCAACUUCGAAAGUCAUGAUGCAGGCAUAAACGCUAUAGAACAAAUAGUGACGUAAGCUAGAUUUAAGGAACGACCGCUAUUUUGUAUGAAUCCCAAUGUCGUACAAAUGUUCGUCGUAAUCACAUAUCCCAGUUCCCGCGGUGAGUGAUUUGCAAAUGCCCGCGGAAGAAUGUUUCUCAUUCCGUUCUUCUCAGCCGUUUCACUCACUACGUGUAAACGUUCCUACUGGGCGAUAUUGAGCGCCGAAAGGCCCCGUUUGUAAUCUAGUCACAAUAAAAAUCAAUUCUACUCUAA